UAACCGCUGUUCCGAGAAGUUGAGGAAACACGGGCGCAGUUCAGGACUGUCAGUUCAAUUAAAGUUGUAUGGCCCCAUACUCUUGUAAUAUGAAUCCUGUUCAGGGGUCUCCAUCCCAAGAGCUAAAUCUCCAAGAGAAAGGAAAUUCUGAGAAGGAAGACAUUAAACCAAAAGACAAGUUUUCCAAAGGAUGUAAAAGUAAAACCUUUAGUCUUCCUUUUAGUGUGGAAUCGCUUAUUUCUCACAGAACGACCUGCAGGGCGCAAUAUUCUUCCUUUGACGCAGAUUUGGGUGUAUCUAAGCCUGGCGCGGAACCAACUAAACAAAAUCUUCCGAGGACAAUAUAUACAGGGAGUAACAUAUCUGUGGACGGUUUUGCAAGUUUGUCGGAGUGCACCAGAAAUGAAAAUGAAGAAGUUAACGAAAAGGAUCAGAGACCCUGGAUCGAGACUUCGUCCUAUUCCGCUUCGCCUAGACAUUCCAGUCCAUCUCCGUGCCCCCUCAGGAAACACAAGAACAACAGAAAACCUCGUACGCCUUUUACGACAUCACAGUUGCUUUCUUUGGAGAGAAAGUUUCGCCAGAAACAGUACCUUUCCAUAGCAGAAAGAGCAGAAUUCUCCAAUUCACUUAAUCUGACGGAGACACAAGUCAAAAUCUGGUUCCAGAACAGGAGGGCUAAGGCCAAGAGACUCCAGGAGGCCGAACUGGAAAAGUUUAAACUCGCAACAAAGCCCCUUGUACCUGCCUUUGCCUUUCCCUUUCCUCUUGGUGCUCACGUAGGAUCUCCAUCAGUUUACGGACCUUCUAAUUCAUACCCAAGACCUUCCUUGCCCGUUCCCGGACUUUUUGGUGGACCUGUGACUUAUGGAAUGUAUUAUCUGUCUUAAACAAGUCAAACCUCAUAUAAAUACAUAAAGUUUGUACAGUCAUGUUUAUGAGCUCAUGUUGCCGGUGUGCGUAAAACACAGUGUGACUCGUAAAACAGUCAAAAUCUAAAUUCUAUUUUUUUUCUAAAGAAUGUAGGAACGUUACAAACCAUUUAUGAGUUCAUAUGCAUAGAGUUUUUAUACACUAUAUAAUUUCAACGAAUAUAAACGUGUUCUUUAACUUGGAACAAGGAAAUUGUCUUUUCGGGUGUGUAAAAUUGCAGGGGGUAUUACAUAUAAACUUACGGACUGCUCACAUUCUUUCUAUUUUUGCUUUUUUAUUUUUUGGUUAAAGUAAUUGUAACAUAAUAUAUACAGUUUGGGACAAAGUAGUUUUUGAUAAAAUUUAGGAAAAUAUAAAAUUCUAACAUAUAGGUUACAGUAAUACCUGCCUAAGUGAAGACGCGUCUAAGAUCUCGUUAAACUUUGAACUAUGAAUAGCCUAUAUGAACACACCUCGUAAAUGACAUGAACUUAAUUCUGACUGAGAAUUAUCGCUUGUAUAAUGUUUCGAUAUCCUUAGACUGAGAACCAAAGCCGAAUAGGUAUCCAGCUUAACGCAGUUUAAUCUUUUAUUGAAUGUUUCACCAGCAAACGAAGGGCAUUUGAGUGAAUCUACGGUGAAGACAACGGAAAGUGGCAAACUGAAUCGCCUUCUACGUUUUCUGCCUAAGCAAAGACUGUAACAUAGAGAUAAAAUUAUAUUUUUGGAGUCUAAAGAAGCAAAUCGUUUUGAAGAUGUAUUUUGCAGGGGAAAUGCUUACAUUAUUUAAUAUGUACCAUUUUUGAACACUACCGUUUUAUGACGAAUACAGCCGUAGUCGCACUUGUCAUUUUUUUAAUGCUUGAAAGUCUUUGCAGACACUGCUAUGCAGUUAGUGCAUUAACGUCUAUUUGCUUGUUUUUUAAAAUGUACAGUGUUGAACUAUUUUGAAGUAUUUUGAUACAUAUUUACAUUUAAGUAGUUUGACCGGCGCUGAAAUUCAAGGCAAAGAUGACAGCAAGGGAAUCGCACGUGUGUAACGCCCCUACGCAAGAGGGCCAUCAAGUUCAGAGAGCCGAAGAGAAUACAGAUGACAAAUUUAAGUAAUUGGCCUGAAUUUUGCAUUUAAAGAUUCGUUACUGACUAAUUGCACAUUCAUUUUCCUUGAGGAAUCACUAGACAGCCCUGGAUUUCUGCAAAAUGUAAUUCACUGUAUUACUGUAAACAAUAGACCUAGACCUUGGCUGUUGUCUGUUUCAGAAUCAAGACUGAUUGUUCAUAUUUAUAGAAUGUGUUUCAUAUGUGUUCAUGUAUAUAUGUUAAUUUGUACAGAUAAACCUUGUGUAAAAUAAAUAAAGCAUUUAAAUGUAUGUAGUGGACAUA